AUGGGCAGGGCUUUGAAUCAAAUUUCCAAGUCACCUUUUACUCUUAGGAUUGAAGGAGGAAAACUUCCUCGGCAGUUUACUCAACCAACAUUCACCAUGUACAAUGGUCGAACGGACCUUGUAGAAUAUGUGAGCUACUUCAACCAAAAGAUGGCCGUUCACUCCAGGAACGAGGCCUUGAUGUGCAAGGUGUUCUCAUCUAAUCCGGGGCCUGUGGCAAUGAGAUGGUUCGACGGUUUGAGGGAAGGUUCUAUUAUCUCCUUUAAAGAGCUUACUAGGGCAUUUGAGGACUUUGAUGAUGUGGCCAUAAGGACUUUCAAGGUCGACCUACCUGCAGAGCAUGACUUGAAAAAGUCAUUGACCAAGAAGCCUGUAAGAAGUAUGCAUCGACUUAUGGACCGUAUAGAUGAGUAUAAAUGGGUCGAGGAAGACCAACAGCAAGGGAAAGGGAGAGUUAAGGUUAUCCCUCAGGAUAGGAGAGAUUUCAAGUCGGACAGAUACAACAAUAAUUGGCCCAAAGAGACUUUGCGGGGCAAUUAG